CCACACUCGGCUACUCGAAAGCAUGGAAACUUUCUGCGAGCUGUGCUUUUAGGCACGGCUGUUUACAACCCGACCGCACGUAUUCAGAUGCCCUUCGAAAAUUUCGCACAGUUCGUCGGGAUUUGGAAACCCACAUGAAUUCAUUAUCGAAGGCACCAUCCGCGUUUUGAGGCACUUCGAUGUCAUGUCUGUUCAAGUGUCGCUGUAGAAGUUCUCGCAACGAAGUGUCGUCGGGAGAAGACAUCCGAACCAAUGACGAAUCACUUUACCAGCAUUUGUCGGAGGCCUCCAACUUUUCUGAGGCAAUUCCACUUGUGCAGAAGAAUCCCGACAUGAUCAAGUAUGAAGCUAGCGUCGGCAACUUUGAACUCUUGUCUGUGAUUGGGAGGGGAUUCAACAGUACAGCAAUUGUCUCGCUUUCUAAGCACAUUCCUUCUGGCCAUCGACUUGCGGUAAAACGAACAAACUUGGAUGCCUUAGGUGUGGACAUUGCACAAGUGGAGCACGAAAUAUGGGUGACGAGGCAGCUGAGGCAUGAGAACAUCAUCCCCUACUUCUGCACAUUUGUUAAGGGCAACGAAAUAUGGGCUGUCAUGCCCGUCAUGACAUACGGGUCGGUGAGGGACAUCCUAAAUACUCAUUUUCCAAUGGGCCUCCCAGAGUAUGCGGUGUCAUUCAUCUUGAGGGACCUGCUCUCUGCACUUCACUACAUUCAUGUUCGGGGCUACAUUCACAGGAGCAUCAAGGCCAGCCACUUGCUUCUGUCUAGCAAAGGCAGAGUGAUGCUGUCAGGGUUCCGCUACUCCUGCAACGUCAUAGUUAAUGGACGCUGGCAGUCAAGGAUCCACGCUUUCCCCGAGAAUGCAGUCAAUACCCUCAACUGGCUGAGUCCUGAACUUCUAGAACAGAACCUGAUGGGGUACAACUCGAAGUCGGAUAUCUACAGCGUCGGGGUCACCGCCUUUGAGCUGGCCAAUGGUGUGGCUCCGUUCACGGGCAUGGCACCCACCCAGAUGCUGCUGGCCAAGCUGCGAGACCUCGUGCCCAGGCAGGCGAGCAGCGCCCUCUGUGACGGGACUGCUGUCAAGGCAUCUAGCCAAGAUAUGUGCAAGCCAAGUGGGGAAAGUUCUUCAAAGGCCAACCUUUUUGGGAGUGAUUUUUCAUCUUUUACUUCACUCUGCUUGCAAAGGGAUCCAACGCUAAGGCCAUCUGCCCAGCAACUUUCAUCACAUAGUUUCAUCAAACUCUGCCGCAAGUCAUCCGCUUCACUGCCAGAGAUCAUUUCUGUGGUCACUCCAAGGUCUGGUGUUCCAAAAGAAGAUGAAGGUGAAGCCAGGAGCAACAAGAGCGAUGAAAUUGUCUGGACCUUCUAGUCUCCCCGGAUGGACAGCAUGUGUUUGUGUGCAAGUGUGUGUGCAUUUGCAGCACUUGUUGCUGCGAGACUUUUUUUUUUUUUUUUUUGUAAAUCCAUUGUGUGCAAGCACAUCAUCUUUAUAAAGCAUGAAUGUCAAACUGUAAAUAUUCCAUCGGCUAGCCAGGAUUAGCGGCGAAUACUUGAAAGCCAUGUGCCGUUUUUUUGUUGUUUUUUUUCUUUCCCCUCAUUGCUGGACAGGGGUAGCAUUUGUUCAGCAGCACUAUUUUAGGAAGAGGACAUUUUUCUGACUGGCAACACUGAUUAAAAGCCAACUGUUAAGGUUACAAGGAAGGCUUUUUCUUAUAAUGGUUACAGAAAAUUUGAGCCUAAUCUCAUAGAUUUAAUUAGCCGUAAAAUGUAUGCCAAUAGACCCUCAAAGCGGCCAACUCUUCUGUCAAUAUAACUUGGUCUUUGACAUUGGGGUAACAAUGGACUGUUCCCGUUGUGAAGAUGGUCACACAACUGUACAAGGAAUUGUAACUGUGCCUUAAUGCCCCUAUUGUCUUGAAGAAAAUGAACCAUGUAAAAAUGUUAACAAUAAAAUUUUCAUUAGUGUGUA